AUGUCGGGCUACGAAGUCGAACACGGCAUCGCCGCCAGCCAGAAGCCCGAUGAGCCUCGAAGGCGUCCAGACCUCUCAACGUUCUUCGGCACACUCGAUCUCGUCGACACUUCUGGUUCCCGACAGCCGCAAAACGCACACGCCCUCCCUCUACCUCAGGAUGUCAGCGCGGCAUUCAGGACACUGGCCAACGCCUUUGAUGUGAUGCGCGGCGGUGAAGGACAAGCAGCAGACGGCGGCUCCGAGUUGCUGGGGAGAUUGGUCAGCAGUUUGAUGGAGAGUGCUGAGCACCCGCCCAAGGAAGUGGAGGGAGUCAGUGAUGAAUUUAUUGCUCAACUCGAGCGCAUCCCCAAGAAGCAGUUGGAGAAGAAUCCGGAUCAGAGCUGCCCGAUUUGUUCAAACCCCUUCCUGGAAGAUCCACACCCUCUGGUCGUUCGUCUGGCUUGCCACGGCUCUCAUCUCUUUGAUCUAGAGUGUAUCACUCCAUGGCUCAAGCUCAAUCCGACUUGCCCCAUGGACCGCGAGGCUUUGAUUAAGAAGAAAGCACCACCGCAACCUGUGGAGGAUGAGGAGGAAGAGUUUGAUGACAUGUACUCGUGA